AUGUAUCGUGAGACUAUUUCAAAAAUUAAACUCGUGACCUUUGGGGCCAAGCUUCUGGGUUUAAGCAUUGGGCCUCCUUUUGGUGGAGCAUUGGCCCAGAAAGCUGACGUCUUUUCCGUUCUGUGUAUAUGUUUGUCCGAAUGUAGAGGUGACAAACAGAACUCAAGCUCAUCGGCCCGCCCAGUACGGCCUGUUGACCAAGCCAAAAAAACCAAAAGACGUAACGCAACAGAAAAUAGAAAGACCCCCUUCCUCGUCUUCAUCGAGGAAGGUAUUUCUCUUCCACAGCCGAGUUUUCGAGUUCGACAGACAGUCAGAGCCAUGUUUCCUAAAGAAAUUUCAGUUGAUGAAGGGCUGAUGAUAAUGGAAGAGGCAAUUGUGAAGGCAAGAAGAAUCAUUCAAGGCGAAUCGGAUUUAAAGUUCACUACCGAAGAAUAUUUUAGAUUCUAUGAAUGUGUUUAUUUCAUGUGCGUUAAUCCUAACAAUUACGGAAAAACAAAUGAGAUUUAUGAUAGAUUCAAGGAGAGCUUGGAGGAGAGCAUUGUUUCGACAGUACUGCCAUCGUUAGCCAACAAAAGCGGUGCUCCUUUGUUGACAGAACUUGUUGUAAUGUGGUGUAAUUACAAGAAGAUGUCAAAGAGGCUAAUCGGAUUCUUCCAAUACCUGGACCGGUUCUUUAUCCCACAUUCUGCCAAAGUUCUGUCGCUUAAUGAUACCUGUAUUAAUUGUUUUCAAGAACUGGUUUUUGAGAAGCUAGUCCAUGAAUUUUGUACAGCUGCAAUAUCGCUGAUCAAUCAGGAGCGUGAAGGGUCACACAUAGAUUGGAAUGUACUGAAGAAUGCCUUGCUUAUAUUUGUAGAAAUUGAUGGAUGUGGUAGAUCAAGGUAUUAUCAAGAGUUUGAGAAGGCCAUGCUGGAAGAAGCUGCUAAUUACUACUCUCGGUUAGCUGAGGGGUGGCUUCUGUAUGAUUCAUGUGCUGAUUACAUUCAAAAGGUUAAAUGGUGCAUAAAUCGGGAGAAAGAAAGAGCCAGUUGCUGCUUCCCUUGUUGCACUGGAGAAAAGUUACUAAAGGUUGUCAUAGCUCAGUUGGUGGAGAAUAGAGUGGCUAGGUUGAACGAAAAGCAGCAAGCUGAGAACUGUGGCCUAUUCACCGAUUUUCAGGAAAUGUUGUCCAAAUGUGCUGGGAUGAGGCUGGAAGAGGGAAGCCCCACAUCGACACCAGGGGAAUGGCUGUCUUCUUUGAUGGAAAACUCAGCUCAUAUAAAUGGAGUAUGAUUGGUCUUGAUCAAGAAUGUUUGAUGACCGUGGGUGCUUGUACUAAUCUUACUGAUGCAUAGCAAAGAUAGUGUUUUGUUUUUUGUUUGGUGGGUGUUACCCUUGCUUUCAGAAUUUUCUUUUGGUAUCCUAUCACGCUGAUUCCUCUCACUUGUUAGGUUUGAGGAAUUUGACUCUUACUGGUUAAUGAAAGGGAUGUUAUCUUUUCAA